AUGUCUAGUAGUGCCUGGCUAUUUGGCCGGGUUCUUUUGUGCUUCAGAAGCAUGGCAAAGGCGGCCAUCGAGUGCAUAUGCUCGAGUCGCAUGGACCGUUGUGCAUGUGGUUUGCGAGAGCAAGUAUGUGCGAGAGAGUAUCUCUUCGGCUGGCAUGCCGUUGGCUGGUAUGCCGUUGCGUACUUUGUUUGCAACUUCCGCAACGUUGUGGCACAACCAACCGACCCAACUUCGCAGGCAGGCGGAAGGUGA